CUCCAUUGCACAAAAGAGUUACUUGGACUCGGAAAUCAUCUGAGACAGUUCCACAAAUUGUCUAAUUUUGAGACAAAAAAAUAUUUAUCUAAAAGUGUAAGUGUUCUUGAAAAUUUUGAAAGUGAAUCUGAUGAGAAAUCAAACUCCUCAAGUGACUUUAGCGAUAACCCAAGACUUGAGUGUCAUUUUGAUAAAGAAAUUUUUGUUCAAGGUGAAAAUUUUUUAGAAGUAAAUUCAAGCAGUGAUGAAGACUGGUUAGCUUCAGAAUAUGUUCAAUCUAGAUUUUUGAAAAAAGAUGGUUCUGAAAAUUCCUCCUCUUCUAAAUCACAUUCAUUAUCUGAGUUCUCCGACAAUGAAGAUGAAGAUGACACAUUUUAUAUGACAUCAUCAAUAGAAGAAAGUUUAAUGCAAAACUUUGUAGAAUGGCUUGUUAGUUCUUCUGGUGGUCGUAAACCAAAAAGGUCUGCAGUAAAACAUAAAGGAAUUAUAAUGGGUAUAGUUAGACAUAAAGAUAAUAAGAAUAUAAAUUAUGUUAACCUCCCCAAAGAGUCUUUUUUAAACUCAUGGAUGACAGAGCUAGAUAAAAAAGGAAAAAAGCCAGGAACAAUAAAAACAUAUUUAGGGUCAAUAAAACAUUUUUUAGAUUUUUGUCUAACAACAGAUAGAACUGAUAUCAUAGGACACAAGGAACAUUCAAAAAUUGUUACAUUAAUUUUGCAAUGGGGUAAAUCUUUGCAAAAAUCAAUAAAGGAGAAUCAGUAUGACAAGGAUAUUAUUGACUUUAAUAACUUUCCUACAGCAGAAGAAAUAGUAAUAUUAGAUAAUUCUGAUAUUUUUAAAGAUGCAACAAAUGUUCUAAAAUCAAGUAAUACAAGUUUUUUUAAAGUAAACAAACAUCUUUUUGUCUUGUCAGAGAUUACUUAAUAACUUGCAUUGUUUUCGAUAAUGCUUCGAGACCAGGUGCAAUAUGCAAUAUGACGUUAAAUGAAUUUUCAGUUGCUUUUGAGAACACAGAUGGUUUUGUUGUUAGCGUU